CCGUGGCCGUCGUCAACUUGCCUCCCACCAGACGCAGUAUGAGGAAGUCGGCGAGAGGCGCCCUUGCCCCCGUUCCCGAGCGCGCUGCACAGGCGGAGGGAAGCGAGUACGUGAAUGCAACGCUGUCCGGGGAAGCGCUCUACUUUCUUCCCCAUUGGCUUGGCGGGAGGGGACCGGGCUGGCGCGGGUUGUCAGAGGCGAGCAGGGGCGGCGGGAGGGCGCAUCACUCUUCCCCCGCAGUGGGCGCUGCUCGGUCGCCCAGGAGCCGUACCGAAGCUCGGUCGCUCAAGACGUGCAGGGAUCCUGCUUCUGCCCCCCGACUCCUUUCGCGAGGAAAGGCGGGGAAGAGGAACACCCAGAUUGACUGGAAACGCUUGGGUGUCCGCGCACCCUGCCUCGUAUGACGCUCGGGCAGGCCUCUCGCUGCGUUUGGCCGGUAAGGUGCCUAAUCCUGUCCGGGCGCUUGCUUUCUUUCGCUUCGCGGCGGCCGGAAAAGUUGCCGCUUCCGCGCGCGGGGAGCCAAGUCUUUCGCGUCGCCGCUGCUGCCGCCCGGGAUAGAGGGUGGAAAGCAAAGGCCGGCCAGGCUUUCGACGCCCUCCAGUUCGUUUCGCCUCUUUUCCUGGGUCCCCCUCUUCCCCUCUCCCCGUUGCUGCUGGGCUGUAAGCAGGAAAAGUUUGUUUUGCGGCCCUAGAAGGCAAAAGGGAUGUUGGGCAUUCGGCAUGCAAGCCGGGGAAGAGGCUGCGGCUACUGCUUGGCCGGAAUGCCUUUUGCCAGCUGUGCUAGGCAGCUGUUGGGUAGCCCCUUCGGCUGCGGCCUCCGCCUGCUUCUGUUGUCACCUCGGCAACUUCGAAAGAAUUGGCUUUUCGCGCGCGCACGCGCUGCGGAAUUAAUCGGAGCUGCUUCCUCGCAGCCCGGCUUGAUUGCGCGCCCACGGGACCCGCCUCCGGAUCUGCUUUUUUGUGCAGGUUAGAAGCGUUUGUCUGCAGCCGCCUCCGCCACCACCACCCAGCCAGCGAGCCAAGUCGCUGCGUGAGGAGGCGGCGAGGAGCCCUGCGGUGUCGGGAGUACAGCGAGCGGUAACAGAAGCGACCCGGGGCCCCCAAUGGAGGAAGAGGAGGAGAUGGUGGCUGCCGUUAGCGAGGAGUGGCAAGGUGUUGCGCAAAAGAGAAAGGCCUGGGCUAAAAGCAGGGACUCCUGGCAAGCGUCGGAGGCCGAGCGCCUGUCUCCAGAACCAGCGGAACUGGCCCCGGAGCAGGAGCUCCGCAGCAGCAAGUUGCCCUUGACUACGGAAGGAGGCACUAUUCCAAAUGAAAAGAUUGCAAUAUGGCUUAAAGAUUGUAGAACGCCAUUGGGAGCUUCCUUGGAUGAGCAGAGCAACCCAACGUUAAAAGGCAUGCUGGUGAGGAAUGGAGGAAGUUUUGAAGAUGAUUUAUCUCUGGGAGCAGAAGCUAAUCAACUGCAUCAAAGCAUUGAACAAAUGGAAAUCUGUAACAGUAUGUUGGCAAAGGACAAGAGACUUCAGUUUCAUCAGAGGGGAAGGAGUAUGAAUUCCACUGGCUCAGGAAAAAGCAGUGCAACUGUUUCUAGUGUGUCUGAACUACUGGAACUUUAUGAGGAGGAUCCUGAAGAGGUUCUCUAUAAUCUUGGAUUUGGACGUGAUGAACCAGAUAUUGCUUCUAAAAUUCCAUCAAGGUUUUUUAAUUCAUCAUCUUUUGCAAGGGGAAUUGAUAUCAAAGUGUUUCUGAAUGCCCAACUGCAACGGAUGGAAGUGGAAAAUCCCAAUUUUGCUUUGACAAGUCGCUUUCGACAAAUUGAAGUGCUUACUACUGUGGCCAAUGCAUUCUCUUCCUUGUAUUCCCAAGUUUCUGGCACUCCCUUGCAGAAAAUUGGGAGCAUGAAUUCAGCAACUUCCAGUAAAGAGGCAUCCAGCCCUCCUCCUUUGUCACGAAGCAACACAGCGAAUCGUUUGAUGAAGACCCUCUCUAAACUCAACCUCUGUGGGAACCCUCAAGCAGGGGACAGUGGCAGUAGUACAGCCACUGAGAAGGGUAAAUCUGAAAAUGGGAGUGAAGAAACAGAAGUGAAAAAUGAAGCCAAAACUCCAAAACACUUCAAAGCAUCUUUGUUGGCAACAGUAAAAGAAGAAGUACCUUGCAACCAGUCCAGCUUACUAGGAGCUCUGGAUCCUUCAGAACUUUCUUCUGGCCCUAACGUUCAACAGGAAGCUCAAGGUUAUGCUAUGUCUUAUGAAGAUCAGCAAAAUAACAACUCUUUUGGACAUUCAGGUGGACUCCGUGAAAAGAUUGCUGCUAUGAACUCUUCUAGUCUCAUGGGUGAUACUCUGGAAUCAACCAAUUCUGAACUUAAAGGUAUUGAGGCAAUACAGAUGCCUCCAGCUUCAGUGGCCGAUAAAGAGGCUUGUGUUCCGCUAACCAUUCCAUCUAUUGCCAGCCUCAUGCUGCAACAGAAGGACUCCUUUGAGAUGGAAGAGAUUCAAAGCACAGAGGGAGAGAUUCCACAUGCUCCUAACACAAGCCAACUGGCUUUAACCAAAACAAAAAAAGAUCAGCUCUUGCGAUCAGCAAGUCAGCAUUCUGACAGCAGUGGCUUUGCAGAAGAUUCUUCCACUGACUGCUUCUUGCUCAGUCAGCUGCAGGGGCACGACUCGUUGCAGGCCAUGGGAAGCAGCGCGGAUAGCUGUGACAGCGAGACCACCGUGACAUCCUGUAGUGAAGAGCUCAAGACGCCAGUUGCCGAACCAGAGUUCUGUUUCAGCGAGCUUGACGAGGAGAAAUUCCUCCUCCUGGAAGUGGAGCGACAGGGGAAGGAAGCAGUAUCUGAGGUGGAUGCAGGAGGCCAGGACGUGUCGGAACAUCAGGGUGGACUUUCUUCAAGUGGCAAAGGGGAAGAGUUUGGCAGGGGCGGCUUAGAGAGAAGAAACGAAGCAGAAUCUGAGGCUUUGGAUGGAAGCAGCGAAGAGAGUGAUGUAGAUAAGAGCAGUGAAUACGAGUUCCCUCCGUAUAAAACUCACCAUAUUCUCAAAUCAGUGUCAUCUCUAGAAAGUAGCAGUUCCUCUCCUUCUUCUGUGGAGCGGGUGAAUAUUGCUUUGCAGAGAGCCCAGAGGAAGGACGGUGGGUCUUCCAAUCCCAGAACUGGUCGUCCCCUGCUCAAAUCCAGGGACCUUCUUUUUAAAAGCAGGCGUCAGGAUCCUGAACUGGGUUAUCCUCUUAGACGUUCCCAGUCCCUCCCAACCACUCUUCUCAGCCCGGUGCGAGUGGUUUCCUCUGUCAAUCUCCAGCUAACGCCAGGCAAGCAGAUGUUAUGUGGCCCUCCCUCUUUUAUGUUCAAGUAUGACACCGAGGAGGAUCCUGGGAAGGAAAAUACCCCAGAAGAAACAUGCUUCAGAGACGUUAACAGGAGCUCUCCUCCUCUGUGUAAAUCCACCCUCCACAUUGCUCCUUCACCCAAGAGGAGGGAACUUUCCCAGCCUGCUGGAAACAAGGGGCCAGAUGAGUUCUCUCACAGCAGAAUACAGAGCUGCCCUUUGCACCUCCCGCCAUGCAUGUCUCAGUCAUCGUGUUCGCUGCAUUCUCUCCGUUCUGAUGGUCCAGACCGGCACUUCCAGGGCCACACAAGGACAUUUAGUGCACACAGCAUCCCGAGCACCCCUGGCUCUUCCUGUGGGGGGUUGCCCUCUCCUUUUGGCUGCCCUCAUAUGCUGAGGCAUGUUGGACAUCCCCACCGGUUUCAUUCCAUAAACCCUCCCUCCACUGUUGAAAUGCAGUUGAGGCGAGUCUUGCAUGAAAUCAGAAACUCUUUGCAAAACCUUUCACAGAACACUAUGAUGAGAAGCCAUGACUUCACUGCAGCCUCUUACAGUACUCAGAGAUCAUCAGUUCUACCUCUUUAUGAAAAUACUUUCCAAGAUCUUCAAGUGGUAAGAAGGAAUCUAAACCUCUUUAGAACCCAAAUGAUGGACUUAGAAUUAGCCAUGUUGCGCCAGCAGACUGCUGUUUAUCAACACAUGACGGAAGAAGAGAGAUAUGAAGCUGAUCAGCUCCAGACUCUGAGAAAAUCGGUUCGUAUGGAGCUUCAGGAGUUAGAAAUGCAGUUAGAAGAACGUCUGCUUGCUCUUGAGGAGCAGCUUAGGAGCAUGCAUGCAUCAUCACCUUACAGACAAGAAACCUUCAUGGGAAUGUAUGGUAGCAGAAGCAUUGAUAAUUUGUCAUGUCCUUCUCCACUGAAUGUGAUGGAGCCAGUCUCUGAACUCAUUCGAGAGCAGUCAUCUCUGAAAUCAGAGUUAGGGUUGGGACUGGAUGAACUUGGCAUGCACACUCCUCCGCCUGAAGGCUCGGAAUCUGCCUUUGAUCACUGUGCGCACUCUGAUUCCUCUUCGGUGUGUUCCAGUCAAGCCAGCCGAAGAGCCCACAGGCAGUCAUCUGAAAGGUGCAAACCGCCCAGCCAAAAGGUCUACCGGGCAAGUGUAGCUUUGAUGCCCUCUCCACCUGCGAGAGCAGGAAUCGGGCAGCUGCCUGAGGAACACUUGACAUCCAAUUCCACUGCGGGGCAGAGACCUGAAAAGCUUCCCCUUGGGCCUGCAGCUGAGGAAAUGCCCAAGCGUGUGGAGAACGAGGAACUGCAGCAAGUCAUCCGAGAGAUCAAAGAGUCUAUUGUUGGUGAAAUCAGACGAGAAAUUGUAAGUGGGCUGUUAGCAGCUGUUGCUUCCCCGGGCAUAUCAGCUAAUGCUAAGCAAGAAACACAGCCAUGAAUCGGUACUACAGGGUUAGUAUAUGAUCCAGAGGACCCCGUGGAUGUCUCCAUUUGGGAUAUGUAGAUGGAUGCAUCUGCUUGUCCUCCUGAUGCCAGGAGAGACUGUUGUUGUACGCAACAGUGACUUGUGUGCUGCGUGUCUUCCCAUUUCAGGUCUAUGUACUAAGAUCAAGGCACUUUUCAUCUUACUGAUGUGCAUCAAUGAUCAAGAGAAUUGUGAUUAUCUUGCAAGCCUUAAUAUUUAUUUGUAUGUUCCUCCUAAGACUUGAAGAUUUCUGGACCUUCCCUGGUUAUAUUGCCUAGGAUUGUUAGAGUUUCAAACAACAACAACAAAAUCCCUGCUGACCUCUGUGAGGUAUUUAACUGUGCAAUAACUGUUUCACUUUGAGAGCUUGGAGUAAUCAUUUCCACUGCUGUUAUUAAGUGCCACUUAAAAAGAAGAGAAGAAGCUGUCAUACAAAUGAACGCUUGGGAGAAGCUGUCAUCUGCAGAGAGUUUAGAAAAUUACAUGAAUUUGCUUAAAACUACUACAGAUGCUUACACUGAAAGCCUUAACUUUGUAUAGUAGAUGACCUUUUUUUAAAAAAAAGAUUUAUAUAAUUUUCUGCUUUCUUUAUCCUUCCCUUUUUUCUUGGGAUGUCUUCUCUUGUCUUUUUUUUUAAUAACUUAAUGUAUGAACUACUCUGCAAUUAUAUUAAGAGAUGGUUUUAGCCGUUUCCUCUGCCUAUUAAAGCAAGUCUGGAAAACACUAGAUUAAAAGGCAAAACAAGUGGCAUAUAACAACAUACGCUUAGCAUUAGACUGCUGUUACGGGGAAAUUCACUUGUUUUUCUACAGCCUAAGGAAAAUGGCAUUCAUCACAGCCAAUAAAAAUGGAAGCAGGUGUGAUUCUUAAUACAUAGUUUAUACAUUAAUGCUCAAAGAGUUGAAGUAUAGCCAUGUCUUAAAUGCUAAUCAACUACCUUACAUGUUUUUAAAAUGUUUUCAGCUAAUAAAAUUAAGAUUCUUUUAAAUAAUGAGUGACUCAUAAAAAUGUAACAAUAUUGGGAGAAGUAUGUCAAAAAACUGCGUGUUGGGAAUAUACACCCAAGGGCUGAAUCCUUUUUAAAAAGGCUACUAUGCCAAUAAAAAUAUUUAUUUUGCCUACA